CCCACUCCCUGUUGGGAUCCUCUCAUCACUUCCCCCUGUCCUUUGGAACUCUCUCCUCCACCCUGAGGCCUCUGUUUCCUUUUGGGCUUCCCCAAGGCCCUCCAUCCCCAUUGGAGCUCUCCAUCCCUGAGGCCCCCCGUGCUUUUUGGGGUUCCCUUGGAGGCCCUGCCCUCUGUCCCUGGUGCCGCCAUCCUUUCCAUCCCCUCCCACCAUGGAGAUCAAGUACGAGUACUCGCGGAAGCGCAGCGAGUUCGGCCGCCCCUGCGUCUUCUCAGACCUCCUGGCCGAGGUCACCGUGAACAUCCCACCCGACCCUGCCCUGGCCGAAGACUUCAUCCCCCAGGACCCCGUGGACUUCGCGGUGCAGGAGGGUCCUGUCCUGGCAGGGCAUGAGGUGAACACGGAGCGGUCACAGGUGACCAUCCGGGGUGUGAACCACGUGGAGGGUGGCUGGCCCAAGCACGUGGACCCCAAGAACCAGGAGCUGACCACGCGCUACCGGGAGGAGGUGGAGAGGGAAGAGGUCUACACCAAGACUAUCCAGCGCCUCGGCUUCGUGGUGGAGCACUACAUCAAGCAGAACAACACCAUUGACAUCUACGAGGAAUAUUUUGAGGAGGAAGAGGAGGAAGACGAGGAUGAGGAGCAUCCCUCAGCCAAAAUCAUCUGUGUCAUCAGGGACCCCAACAACCCCAGGAGGAUGUGCACGCACCUCUCCUGGCACCCCGACAGCAACAGGGCCGUGGCCGUGGCUUAUUGCAGCCUGGACUUCCAGGAGAGCAGGAACCUGAACUCUGAUUCCUACGUCUGGGAUGUGGAAAAACCCUACGCCCCAGAGCUCACCCUCAAGCCCUCGUCCCCUGUGGUGACCCUGGAGUACAAUUCCAAGGACUGGUAUCACAUGCUGGGAGGCUGCUACAACGGGCAGAUAGUGUAUUGGGACACCAGGAAAGGGGGGCUGCCCAUGGAGAUGACCCCUGUGGAGUUCAGCCACAGGGACCCCGUGUAUGGGGCGUACUGGCUGCCCUCCCGAACGGGCACCGAGUGCUUCUCAGGCUCCACUGACGGACAGGUGCUGUGGUGGGACAUCCGCAAGCUGUCACAGCCCAGCGAGAGACUGGUGUUGGACAUCAGCCGGCAAGAUCAGCUGAAGGACGCUCUGGGUGCCAGCUCCCUGGACUUUGCACCCGUCCUGCCCACCAAGUUCCUGGUGGGCACAGAGCAGGGCAUCAUCAUCUCCUGCAAUCGUGAUGCCAAGACACCACCUGAGAAAAUCGCCAACAUCUUCAGAAGCCACAUUGGAGCUGUCUACAGGGUGACCAGGAACCCCUUCUUCCCCAAAGUCUUCCUGUCAGUUGGUGACUGGACUGCUCGGAUCUGGACCGAGGAGCUCAUGGAUUCAUCCUCAAUUAUGGAGACCAGGUACCACAGCUCCUACCUGAUGAACACGUGCUGGAGCCCCGUGAAGCCGGCCGUGUUCUUCACCGUCCGGUCAGACGGCGUCCUGGACAUCUGGGACAUCCUCUUCCACCAGAAGGAGCCUUCCCUCAGCGUCAAGGUGUCCAACGAUCCCCUGCUCAGCCUGUGCUCACAGGACAACGGGCGCAUCGUCAGCUGUGCCACCAAGAUGGGCAAUGUCUCCCUCCUGGAGCUCUCCCCGGGGCUCUGCACCAUCCGCAAGAACGAGAAGACCCUGACCUCCACGAUGUUCGAGCGGGAGGCCAGGCGGGAGAAGGUCCUGCAGGACAAGUACAAGGAGCGGCUGCUGCGGGAGCAGGAGCAGCUGCGGGCCCAGCCCGAGCAGCAGGAGGAUGCAGUGCAGACCUUCCAGCAGGCCCGAGAAGAUUUCCUCGCCAGCAUCAAGGCAGAGCGGCGGAGGAGAGGCCUGGAAGCGCCCGGAGAGGUAACGGGGAUGGGACGGCCUGGCCACCACGGCAGGGACCCCAGCAAGGGCAGGGCACAGGGUGAACCUCAGGGUGAACCUCUGUCUGUCAGGAUGAAGAGGAGGAGGCAGCUGCAGAGGAGCAAAGCUAGCAGGAGGAGGAGGAGGAUGCCAAGGUCAGUGUGCUCCGGCUGCACCUUCCUGUCCCCUCCAUGCCAGAGCUGCUGCAGGGACAGAGCCACUGUCCCCAGGCCAGGCAGCUCUCCUGGGCUCUCUGCCCUCCUGGGGUGGCAAGUGGAGGACCCUGACCCCACAGCUGCUCCCUGGCCUUUGCAUCCUUAUUUCCUUUGGUGUGAAUAA